CAUGAUAUAUCCCGUCUCACUCUCCCAAGACCCGACUCACAGUCUCUCGCGACGCAUCGUCCCCCAUCUCCAACCCCCACCCCCCCUCUGUCCACUGCCACUUCCUUCGAUCUUUUGCAUGCCCCGAACCUCUGUACCGUGCUCCUCCACUCUCAAAUCCCAAUCGAGAUCGAGGGUUCGGCUUUUCCUUCCAUUUUCUCCAAAACUAGUGCACAUCGGUUAGGGUUUUCUCGUUUCUUUCUCUGAAUCCAUCGAGCCGAAGCCUUUGAUCGGUAUCACAACAUGGCGGAUGCGUUUGAGGACGAGGCGGAGCAGACGGUGACGAUCGGCGAGUACAUCGAGGGCAUAGAGGCAGAGGAGCUGAAAGCCGAUUUGGUGCUGGGAGGGGAUGAGGGAAAGGAAUGCACUUAUUCCAAAGGAUACAUGAAGAGGCAAGCCAUCUUCUCUUGCCUGACAUGCGUACCUAACGGCAACGCGGGGAUUUGCACAGCUUGCAGUCUUUCAUGUCAUGAUGGUCACGAGGUGGUGGAGCUUUGGACCAAGAGAAAGUUCAAGUGUGAUUGUGGCAAUUCAAAGUUUGGGGUGUUUGUCUGCAAGCUGUGGCCUAAUAAAGACCCUGAGAAUGGUGAAAACUCAUACAACCAGAAUUUCAAAGGUUCUUACUGCACCUGUGGCCGUCCUUAUCCUGAUCCAAAUUCUGAGGAACAAACAGAAAUGAUCCAGUGUUGCAUUUGUGAAGACUGGUUUCAUGAGAACCACCUUGGUCUGGGCUCCCUUGAACAGAUCCCAAGAGAUGAAGAAGGGGAACCUUUAUAUGAUGAGUUUAUCUGCCAAGAAUGCACAGUGUCUUGUUGCUUCUUGAAGCUUUAUCCUAUAUCUAUACUGGCUUCAUCAAAUCAAAAGGCUGCGCCAGUCCAUGCUGAAUCUGGAACUGUGUCCGGUGAGAAGGAUAUUGAAAAUGCAAAAAAGGAACCAAAUAUAGAGAAGGACAAUGCUUGCAACCAGUCUUCAAGUUCCACAUGCAUCCUUGGGAUUGAUAUAAACUCAAAGCCAGUCGUUUUUGGGAAAAAAGAACCCAUGUUUCUUUCUAAAAGCUGGAGAAAUCAUCUUUGUAGAUGUAGCACUUGUUGCGACUACUACACUCAGAGGGGCAUUGGCUAUCUCAUCGACAAGGAAGACUCACUUGAAGAAUAUGAGAAGAUGGCAAAGCAGAAGAGAGAGGAGAAGUUGCAACAACAAGAAGGAGCUGAGCUUAAUUUUCUCAACACACUGAAUCAUGUCCAAAAGAUGGAAAUACUGAAUGGCAUUGCUGACAUGAAGAAUGAGUUCCGGUCCUUCCUGGAAUCGGUUGAUACAUCAAAACCAGUCACACCUGAAGAUGUACAAGGAAUCUUUGAGAACCUUGUGAAGAAGAAAAAGCAAAGGUUGCUGUAAGGGUCCCCUGAUGCACCAAAUUCCCUCUCCAAGCGUACUCAAUGCGGCGUUAUUUGGUUUUGAUCUGCCUGUUUGGGCUUUAGAAUCAAUCAAUAUGAUUGUGUAAUCCAGUUAUAAAUUAUCGUACAUGCUUGAUAACUUGUGCAACCUUUUAUGUAUAUUUCUGCUGUCAUAUAUUACUGAUGGAUGUUGGUGUCCUUUUAUUUCUUCCCUUUGGUUGACAGCACUGCUGUCAGACCGUUUUAGGAGCCAAUAACAUUUGGUCUUAUCAAAAUCGAGUUGAAUGUAUCUGGUAGUUUACUUGUAGACCAGUUUAUAGACAAAGUUUUGAAGUGUUUCCUCAA